ACUUACAGAGAAGAGUAAAGGGUAGACAGAUUUGCUCUUGUUGUGAAUUUGGUGAUUGUUCGGUCUGAAAAUUGGAUUGGAUUGGAUUGGAAGAAGCAGCUCAGCAAGGGUGUAGGACGAUGGCAGUAGCGGCGAUUGGGAAUGGCGGUGGUGGUGCUGCUGCUGCUGGUUUCGCUGCCCAUCUGGUGCGUGGGAGAUGGUUUAUGGUGUUCGCUUCAUUCUUGAUCAUGGCAGGGGCAGGAGCAACUUAUCUAUUUGGGAUCUACUCCAAACAGAUAAAAAUGUCACUCGGGUAUGACCAGACAACCCUUAAUUUAUUGGGCUUCUGCAAGGACCUCGGCGCCAACGUGGGAGUUUUCUCUGGCCUCAUCGCUGAGGUUACCCCUACCUGGUUCGUCCUCUUAGUUGGAGCUCUCCUCAACUUCACCGGCUACUUCCUCAUAUGGCUCGCCGUCGUCGGCAAGAUCCCGCAGCCGGCCGUUUGGCAGAUGUGCAUCUUCAUUUGUAUUGGUGCCAAUUCCCAGAACUUCGCCAACACAGGCUCGCUCGUCACCUGCGUCAAAAACUUCCCCGAGAGCCGAGGCAUCAUGUUGGGCCUGCUCAAAGGAUACGUGGGACUCAGCGGAGCCAUUAUGACCCAGAUGUACCUGGCAAUCUACGGCGACGAUGCCACAUCGCUCAUCCUCCUUAUCGGCUGGCUGCCGGCACUGAUUUCCAUCAUCUUCGUGUACACGAUCAGGACGAUGAGGGUGGUCCGUCAGCCCAAUGAGACCAGGGUUUUCUACCAUUUCCUCUAUAUUUCCAUCGCCCUUGCGCUGUUUCUCAUGGUCAUCACUAUCCUUCAGAAGCAGAUUGUUUUCCCCCACGCCGGGUACAUCGCAAGCGCCACAUUCGUCUGUGUACUACUCUUUCUACCGCUCGGCAUUGCAAUUCGAGAAGAAUACGCCCUCUGGAACCUCAAGAAACAGCCCAUCGAUCCCCCUUCCAGCAUCACCAUCGUCAAGGAACUGCCGACCGUGGCGGUGGCGGAGUCCAAACAGUUAGCAGCGGCAGAACCCUCCUCCGCGCAGCAGAUAGCAGAGAAGAAACCCAAGGGAUCAGGCUGGAGCAUCUUCAAGAAGCCAGACAGAGGCGAGGAUUACGGAAUCUUACAGGCGAUCUUUAGCAUCGACAUGAUGAUUCUGUUCCUGGCGACGUUUUGUGGGCUCGGCUGCUGCCUAACGGCGAUUGACAAUCUGGGUCAGAUUGGAGAGUCUUUGGGCUACCCGACUCGUAUCAUCAGCUCUUUCGUAUCACUGGUAAGCAUAUGGAACUACUGCGGGAGAGUUUUCGCCGGAUUCCUGUCGGAAAUCUUGCUCGCGAAGAUGAGAUUCCCAAGGACUCUAAUGAUGACGCUGAUCCUUCUCUUGUCCUGCGUGGGAUACCUCCUCAUUGCCAUACCUUUCCCAGGCUCCCUGUACGUAGCAUCGAUCAUCGUCGGCUUCACCUUCGGCGCCCAAUUGACACUGCUCUUCGCCAUCAUAUCGGAGCUUUUCGGACUCAAAUACUACUCCACAUUGUUCAAUUGUGGCCAAUUGGCUAGCCCAUUAGGGUCUUAUAUCCUCAACGUGAGGAUCGCGGGGAAGCUUUACGACAGGGAAGCCUUGAAGCAACUGGCGCAGAAGGGGCUUAAUAGGUCUUCAGUGAAAGAGUUGACUUGUAUAGGGGCUCAGUGUUACAGACUUUCCUUCAUCGUACUAGCGGCAGUGUCGUGCUUUGGAGCACUGGUUUCGUUCAUUCUGGUGAUGAGAACCCGAGAGUUCUACAAGAGCGAUAUUUAUAAGAAGUUCAGAGAGGAAGGAGAAGCGGCGGAGAAGAAGAUGGCGUUGUCAUCUGCCUCAGCCGGCGACGAAGGACGCCGGUAA